AUGAGUCCGAAUGGGGAUCAUCAUGAAGGAACAGGAACAGCGAGCUCUCCACCUCCGCCCGCAAUCAACUUGCAAACAUCGCCGCCACCGCCGACCCGUACCCAGCAACGCCCUACAAACAUUUCCAUUCCCAAGACACGGUCCAAUAUUUCACAGAGCUCGUCGACGACCAGUCUCCGUGCCGCCGAACAGCUCGCUCGCCUUUCCGCGGAUGCCGGCGUCUCGGACGGAUAYGAUGAAUUGAUAAGGUCGCCUAUUGUACCCGCAGAGCGAACGGGUUUGUACCGCAUACGGCAGCAACCCUCGAGGAACCCGUCUUCUCCCAAUCUCCAAUCCGUAUCGCCCACCCUGCUCACUCCUGUAGCGUCGCGGAAAUCCUCAAUGACUGCACUUGCGGGCGGUCCAAUAUCACCUGCUCUACCGCCAUCUGAGGACUUGUCCCGCUUUCCCACCGAAAGUCUACAUUCUUUCAGCUUCGCACAUCAGAGUAGCGACACGCUGGAGAACCGCAACGCUGUGAUCAAGCGAUCUGUCGAGUUCCUCACCAACAAGCUCCAAUGGGCUGCCACGUCCCCACGCAUAGCCUCCGCUCAGGCCCGCCUAGCCGGCGACGAGGAAGUGCUGAGUAUGAUCGAGUUGUUGCAAAAGGCAAACGUCAAGGGCGGGCAACCUCUCCACACUAUUGACAUGGGUUACGGACCUCUCACUGGUCCUGCACACCACACGAAUGAAAAUAUAUUCGCGGCGUCGUGGGGUCAGACAAGUGAGAGUCCCACGGCCAUGGAAAACUCAACUUCCGUCACCUCCGAACCUUCCGUGGUGGUAUCCCCAACAGAUGGAGCUGUCGACUCUCUCUCACCUUCAUCGCUUUCUACUGUCACGGAAGGCGAAGCAUCAGACACAAAGCUUUCCAGAAUGCCCACAGUCGACGACGAGGACAUGCCCACAAUGACGCAACGUCCCCCUCUGAAACGCACAUAUACCGACACGGCUGGGUACUCGCUGCAAAAUCGGCUCACUGAAGCCAUGGCCCGCCCUUAUCGAGCAGACAAACCAGCUGCCCCCAUGGUACCACAGAUCCCCCCGCGGUCCAACACAGCUGUGACUGAACGAGCACCGCACGGUCACAACCGGAAUGCCCCGAAUCAGGCCAUUUUCACCACCGAGAACACCUCACCUUGGACUAUAACCGCAGCUAACGAUCUUGCGUGUCUCGUCUUUGGAGUGACUCGCGCGGAAGUGCGCAAGCUGGGCAUCAUGGAGGUGAUUAGAGAAGACCGACGCAAAUGGCUUGAGGAGAAGCUGAAGAACCCCGAAAGUGGAACGGCACCGAAGCAACCGAAACUGCCUACCCCUCCACCCGCGAAGUUGCUCUCGAAACCGCCCGUACGCGCGACGUACAAAAGUCGUCGAAGUCAGACAGUUGACGGCACGCGGACUCCUCCGAAGGAGACUCUGCCGAAGGAGACCCAUCACCCAAAGUCCAAAAGCAGAGGCGUGCUACUCUGCGGCGACGUAGUGCCGAUUCGGAAGAUGAAUGGCUCGAAUGGCAGUGCGUCUUUGUGGGUGAAGGAGAAGGGCAACAAUCUCAUAUGGGUGCUCGAAGAGAUCGCAGAAGAUGUGGCCAUGCUAACCGUGGACGAGAUUGGGCUGUUGUCGCGAGGUAGUGGAGACAUCGAGGCCAUUUUCGGAAUUGAUCGUGUUCGAAACGGCAUGGAUGUUCAAAGAUUGAUACCUGCCUGGCCAAAGUUGAAGGGCACAAGCACGGGAGCUGUGGAUUACGAGGCGUUAGCACGCCUGCGGCGAUUCACUGCACGAACGAGCAAUUCCAUCUCCGUUCCGGUCACGAUCGAUCAGCAGGCUGAUGAGAGCGUUUUCAGGGUCUCCAGCUUCCCGCACAUUGCAGGCAUCAUCGUUGUGAACCCGGCGACGAUGCGAGUCAGCAGCUCCAACAGUGUAUUCUCGGCAGCACUGUUUGGGCAUGCCAACCCCGAUGGUUUGCCAGUCGCAGAAUUGAUUCCUAGUUUCGACAAGAUACUGCGGGUAAUGACGGAUGAAGACAAAAUAGCUCUGGUUGAUGGAAUUGUGAUUCCCGAACACAGCUUCAGACGUGCACGUGCACUCCUUGCCCUUAGAGAAGGCGCGGCGGACGCUGCGGCAAUCUUCCUUCGACCCAGUGGUGUUCCAGCCAAGCACCGCGACGGUGCCGAGAUUAUGAUUGAUGUGCAGAUGAGAGUGGUCAAAUCUGAUCGGGAUCCCAUCUAUAACGAGACUGUCAUUGAAGAAGAUGACUCUUCGCCGCUAUCGAGCAGUGAAGUAGUCUACGCUCUGUGGAUCACCUAUAGCAGACAGCUACACGCAGUGAAUCACGGAGUCGGACCCGUGACGCCCUUGAUCAGCCGGCCAAGCACACCACCCCAUCAACCGGCUCCUGGACCUUCUAUCGACUCACCGGCACCUAGUCCGAUGAUCCUCAAUGACAGGGCAUCCGCAAAUCCGCUCGAUCAAGAAAUAGAAAAGAAACGUUCCCCUUCGCUGGUAAUGUCUAGCGGUCCAGGAGAAGGGGAGCCCUUUGAACACCCAUCGCCAGACCUCAUCGCCGCAAAUGUCAAGAUCAUCAAGAAGAAGAAGAUAGAAGACUUUACCAUUCUGGAAGAAAUGGGUCAGGGAGCCUACGGACAAGUCAAGCUCGCACGCUAUAAGAAAGCAGCAGCUUCGAAAAUGUGCAUCAAGUACGUCACCAAGCGUCGCAUUCUCGUCGACACAUGGCAUCGUGACCGUCGGUUGGGAACGGUUCCUCUUGAGAUUCAUGUCCUAGACUACCUUCGUCGCGAUGGGCUCCAACAUCCCAAUAUCGUGGAAAUGGCCGAUUUCUUUGAAGACGACAUCAAUUAUUACAUCGAGAUGAUUCCGCAUGGCCUUCCUGGGAUGGAUCUUUUCGACUACAUUGAGCUGAGAGUCACUAUGGAAGAGCAAGAGUGCCGCAAGAUUUUCCGACAGGUUGCUGAAGCUUUACGACACUUGCAUAUCGAGGCCAAGGUUGUACAUCGGGAUAUCAAGGACGAAAAUGUCAUCUUGGACGGGGAAGGGAGGGUCAAGCUUGUGGAUUUUGGAAGUGCAGCGUACAUCAAAAACGGACCAUUUGAUGUGUUCGUGGGGACAAUUGAUUACGCGGCACCCGAAGUCCUCCGCGGUUCACCUUACCGAGGAAAAGAGCAAGAUGUAUGGGCAUUGGGAAUCUUGCUCUACACAAUCGUCUACAAGGAGAAUCCCUUCUACUCGAUUGACGAAAUAAUGGAUCACGAUCUCCGGGUUCCUUAUGUCCUGUCCGAGGACUGCAUCGACUUGAUCCGCAAGAUGCUGGAUCGGGAUGUGGAAAGGAGAAUUGGCAUCCAGGCUGUGAUGGAACAUCCUUGGGUUACGUAUGUGGAUGAGGAAGACGAUGAGGCGACGACGAAAUUGGAAAUGCCUAUCAGGCAGGCGGUGGCGCCUGUUGCUGCAUGA